UCGCGCACCACACAACUAGUGAAGAGAAAACCUGCACGCCACAACUAGAGAGAAGCCCAUGCACCACAAAGAAAGAUCCCGCGUGCUGCAACUGAGACCCGACGCAGUCAAAAAUAAAUAAAAUAUAUAAAUAAAUAAUAAAUAAAUCUUUAAACAACAACAAAAGCAAGGACAGACUCUUAGACGUAGUAGAGAGGGAAGGAGAGAAGGAACAAGAGAUAAAUUGCUUUGUUUAUUUCAGGGAGGUUGAUUCAUCCAUUUGGUGAAAAGGAAAAAAUGGCACAAAUCCUUUAGUCUGAUUAAGGAUGAUACGGAUGCUUUGGGAGAUAUCCAAAUGAUCGUCCAAGCUACGGUCCCAUUAAAUCAACAAAGACAACUUUCAGUUCUGGAGGCUGGAAGUCCAAGAUCAAGGUGUUCUCUUGAGGCCUCUCUCCUUGGCUUACAGAUGGCUGCCUUCUUGCUGUGUCCUCACAAGCGCACAUGCUUCUGGGGCUGAUUGCAACAUGAGAGGUUCAUUUCUUGAACUGGCUGUAUCCUUGCAACUUCACGACGCUAGAUAAGAAGUGGAUUUAUUUAGAGAGAAACACAGACAGAGUGUGGGCCAUCUCAGAAGAAAAUUAUGAACUCCCUCAAAUCUCAGAAAGAAAUGGUGUCCAUGAAUUAAAUGGUUCUUACAAUCAACAGCUGCUACAUAAUCUAUGGCAAAAUAGAAACUAACACGGCAUCUGAAAAGAUGAAAAAUAAUGAAAACCUAAGAAGUGUUUUCCAGAUGCCCGUCAUGACCUGUCAAUUCGGGGAGUUGAAACAAUUAUAAGCAGCAUUAUAAAAGAAACAUAAGAGACAUUACCGAAGUGUGUCACAAAUAGUAAGGGCUCCGGAUGCGCAGGCUCAGCGGCCAUGGCUUACGGGCCCAGCCGCUCCGCAGCAUGUGGGAUCCUCCCGGACCGGGGCACAAACCCGUGUCCUCUGCAUCGGCAGGCGGACUCUCAACCACUACGCCACCAGGUACAAAAUUGUCAUGCAAAAGCCCAGGACAGUGUGCCACUCAGUCCUCAAAGAGAAAGAUAAGAAAUCCUGGAUAUUCAAAGUCCCUUUGAAGGCUUUUAAGCCUGAUUAAUAUUUCUAAAGGAAAUGAAGAUAAUUAUAUAUUUUUGCAUUUGGACAGUAGCAUGGGCCAUUCCAGUUCCUCAAAUCAAGCCAUUGGAGAGACAUGCUGUUGACAAAUCUGUGAAUUUAAAUCUUCUAGCAGAAUUGAAAGUGCCGAUACAGGAUGAGUUAAAUGCCAAUGAUACCACCAAAGAAAGUGGUGUCCUCCUGCAUGAAAAUGAAAGAGGAAGGCAACAGUACACCAAAGAUGGGUACAAAGGAGAGAGAAAUGGUUCUGAGGGGGCAGAAGUGGGAGAGAAAAGUUCUUCUGCACGUUCCAUGUUAGCAAAUGAAGAGGGGAAUACUGAGGAUCUGAAUGGGGGCACAGGAAAACCAGAAACAUAUGGUCAUGAUGGACUCCAUCAAGAAGACAGCACCACAGCAAAUGGCGUCAGGGGACAAGUAAGCAUCAUCGACAGUGCUGGAACAGCAAAUGGGAGCAAUGUUAAUGGGAUUACUGGGAACAAUUCCCAAAAUGGGGGUGUUGGAAAUGCAAGUCAGAGUGAAGAUGCCACUGUUGUCCAAGAAGAUGGACGUCAAGGGGCUGGAAGCAAUAAUGGCACAGGUCACAAGGAUGAAAUAAGUGGGAAUUUCUGUAGAAAUGGGGGUGAUGCAAGUGAAGAAACACCUCAGAGAGAAGGCGAGAGCAACGGGAAUGAGGAGACAGGGGUAACACCAGGGGAAAGUGGAGAUAGCAAUAGAGAAGAUGUCGCCUUGGACAAUUCUGAUGGAAGUCCUAGUGGGAAUGGAGCAGAUGAAAAUGAAGACAAGGGCUCUGGUGAUGAUGAAGGUGAAGAGACAGGGAAUGGAGAAAAAGGCCCUGAUAACAGCAAGGGCCAAGAGGGUCAAACUCAUGAAACAGAAGGUGAUGAUGACAAUAGCUUAGGUCAAAGUUCAAUUAGUGGUGAAGCUGAUGACCCUGCGGACAAAGAAGACACCCAUGCCAUUGAUGGACACAAUACCUCCAAGAGUGAGGACGAUUUUGAUGGUAUUUCAGGAGACAAUGGUAGCCAAAAAAUAGAGGACACUCAAAAACCCAAUCAGAGAGAAAGCAAAGCUGUGGAAAAUGGAAUCACUGAAAAAUUAGAGCCACCUGCUAUUGGGAAGAACCAAGUUAAGGGAAUAGAAAUGGAAUGUCCCAGCAGUGGCGACAGAAACAAUAUUACCAAAGUAUCUGGGAAAAUGAAUGAAGAUAAAGAGAGUAAAGGCCAACAUGGAAUGAUUGUGUGCAAAGGAAAUGUCAAGGCACAAGAAGAGGUUGACGUCAUGCAGGGACCUGGCCAGAAAUUAGAACCUCAAGAUAAGUUUGGACCCAGCAAAACACGUAGUGACAGUAACAGUGAUGGCUAUGACAGUUAUGAGUUUGGUGAUGAAUCCGUGCAAGGAGAUGAUCCCAACAGCAGUGAUGAGUCUAAUGGCAGUGAUGAUACCAAUUCUGAAGGUGACAACAACCACAGUAGCCAAGGAGAUGCUUCUUAUAACUCUGAUGAAUCAAGUGAUAAUGGCAAUGACAGUGACUCAAAAGGAGGAGAAGAAGGUGAUAGUGAUAACACUUCAGAUGCUAAUGAUAGUGGUGGUGAUGGCAAUGGUGACAUUGGUAGUGAUAAGAAUGGAAAAUCAGGCAGCACCAAAGAUAACUCAGACAGCAGUGACAGCAGCGACAGUAGUGACAGCAGUGACAGCAGUGACAGUAGUGACAGCAAAUCAGACAGCAGUGACAGCAGCAAUAGCAUCAACAGUAGUGACAGCAGUGACAGCAGUGACAGUAGUGACAGCAGUGACAGCAGCAAUGGCAGCAACAGUAGUGAAAGCAGUGACAGCAGUGACAGCAGCGACAGUAGUGACAGCAGUGACAGCAGUGACAGCAGCAAUAGCAUCAACAGUAGUGAAAGCAGUGACAGCAGUGACAGCAGUGACAGUAGUGACAGCAGUGACAGUAGUGAAAGCAGUGACAGCAGUGACAGCAGUGGUAGCAGCAAGUCUGACAGCAGCGACAGUAGCAACAGUAGUGACAACAAAUCAGACAGCAGUGACAGUAGUGACAGCAGUGACAGCAGUGACAGUAGUGAUAGCAGUGACAGUGGUGACAGCAAAUCAGACAGCAGUGACAGUAGUGACAGCAGUGAAAGUGACAGUAAAUCAGACAGUGACAGCAGUAACAGCAGUGACAGCAAGUCAGACAGCAGCGACAGUAGUGACAGCAGUGACAGUAGUGACAGCAGUGACAGCAAAUCAGACAGCAGUGACAGUAGUGACAGCAGUGAAAGUGACAGUAAAUCAGACAGUGACAGUAGUAACAGCAGUGACAGCAAGUCAGACAGCAGCGACAGUAGUGACAGCAGUGACAGUAGUGACAGUAGUGACAGCAGUGACAGCAAAUCAGACAGCAGCGACAGUAGUGACAGCAGUGACAGUAGUGACAGUAGUGACAGCAGUGACAGCAAAUCAGACAGCAGUGACAGUAGUGACAGCAGUGAAAGUGACAGUAAAUCAGACAGUGACAGUAGUAACAGCAGUGACAGCAAGUCAGACAGCAGUGACAGUAGUGACAGCAGUGACAGCAGUGACAGCCAAUCAGAUAGUAGUGAUAGCAGUGACAGUAGUGACAGUGACAGCAGUGAUAGUGACAGCAGCGACAGUGACAGCAGUGAUAGUGACAGUAGUGACAGAAGUGACAGCAACAGCAGUGACAGCAACAGCAGUGAUAGUGACAGCAGUGACAGUGCAUCUGACAGUGGUGAUGAGAGUGACAGCAAGAGCAAGUCUGGUAACGGCGACAACAAUGGAGGUGGUAGUGACAGUGAUAGUGACAGUAAAGGCAGUGACAGUAAUCACUCAACCAGUGACGAUUAGAACUAAAGAAAACUCCACCAGAUUCCUUUUGUGAACAAUCUGGUGAGUAAUUGAUAGGAAAUAAAGAUUUCUAAGAAAGUAAACAGAGGGGAGAAAUAAAAGAGAAGACAUAUGUAAACAACAACAGAAACAACAAGAAAAUAGUCAAACUGUCAGAUUCAGAACCAGGUCUGAACACUGUCAGAGAGAGAAUCUGUGUACCCGCGUGUUAAAUAUAUUCAGAAAAGAUUUUGUUAAAAGUGUAAAUGUAAACAUAGAAGAAUGAUUAAAAUAUUCUUUAGUAUUUUACACAGAAACCUCAAGUAAUCACAUACUAAAUAACUUCAAUUUAAAUGCCAAGUGCUUUAGAGAAUGUAGCAAGUAAACACAUCUUAAUGCCUUAAUCUUUCAGUAAUUAUAUAUUCUGGAUAGAUGGUCUGCUUACCUCUGAGUAAAAGAUGCUGUUACCAUGAUCUCCAGCUUGGCUACAAUUCAUCUGCUUGUUCUAAGGAAGAAAUACACUUGCAACAUGAAAAAAAAAAUCACAGCAACGAUUUAACCUACCUGGACCAUGGGAAUAAUCUUUGUAAUUAGUGAAUAGAGCAAUUACAAAUUAUGGAAAUUCUAAAGAGCGCUAAGCAGGAAAGAAUUCAGAGGCUGGUUUAAACAAAACCUCACGUAUAGUAUCACAUUCCUGCAAAGUGCUGGAAAUGGAGCAUAACGUCCCCAAAACUACUGACAAAACUGAGGCAGUGCUUAGAACGUGCUCCAACUAUUAAUAAAUAAACUCGUGAAUGAAGUGCUCCUGGAGGGGAUGCACUUUUUGAACUCUCUGUUCAGACAUCUGCUAAGUGGAAUCAGUUAUUUAUCUUCCACCUCAGUCUCACCAAGCCAAACUUGGUUCACAUUUGCCUUUAAACCCCUACAAACCAAAAAUUCCAAAUCAGACUCUGAGACUUCCUUCUUAUUUUAAUCUCUUUGGUAAAGCCCACAGCUGCUUUGGAAACUACUCUUUUUUAUCUGAGAGUCAUACAUGCUGCUAAAAUCUGAACGUGUGGGUUCUUCAGAUUUUGCACGAAUGAGGGUACUCCUUAGUUUUGAGAUGAAGCCCUAACCCUAGAACAUGAGGAUCUUAAAGGUGUAUGAAACUAGAGCGUGAUAUUUAAUAAGGUGGAUAAUCAUUUAUCCCCAAACCAGGAUACCCUUGAGAAUGAAAGGGCUUCUAUGAAUAAUUACCCGGGGACUGGAGGUGUAAAUUUGGCUUAUCUGGGACUCUGGGAGAUAUAAUGACCAUAAGCAUAAGCCUUUAGGGUAUUAUUCAAGAUUUAGUAAGUGAUGAUUUGUGAUAUCUCUCUUCCACUUAGGUAAUUAUUUUAGAUUUGUUCUAAUUCAAAGGUAAAAUUCUAUACGGCGAAGUGUUGAACGCAACUUCUUUAAUGUUAAUUUUCAGCCAGUCAUUAGCUGACUGGUUGAAAAUUUUAUGCUCUAUUAUAGGGCAUAUUUUACACAAAGAAUUUCAGUAGCUUUUUUUUUUCCUGCCUCCUUCCUCCUUUAUGCAUGAGUUUCUUAGUUAAGAGAUCAAUAUUGCAAGUAAUAUUGCUGAAGGCUUUCAAAAUACUGCCAUUUAUAAACUACUUGGUAACUCCUAAUACUGUAAAAUUUCAAGUUUCUACUAUAUCAUAAUCAUGUACAUGACUCCAAACUUCUUUCCUUAAACUGUGCUCUAGACCUUUAACUCCUUUAGCCCUUUUGUCUUUUUCCAAUUUGUAAAUUGUGGCUUCUAGUAACUGUCCUACCUAUUUCAAAAGGUUGUUAUGAGCUCUAAGUCAGGCAAUGGAUAUGAAACUCUUUGUAAAUUAUAUAAUAUAUGUAAAUGAUAGAGAGAAUGAAUUUUGGUGCUAUAAUAAACAUCUAUUUCUAGGACUGUUCACAAGGAAAACUCCCUUCAUCUUAAUGAGUUUGUGAGUACUUACUUCCUCCAACAUAUUUUUUUAAUUAGUUUUUUUUUUUUUUUUGUCCAUGCUGUGCAGCAUGUGGGAUCUUAGUUCCAUGACCCUGGCAGUGAAAGCACUGAGUCCUAACCACUAGACUGCCAGGGAAUUCCCUAAAAUAAGUUAAUUUUUUAAUUGAAAAAGUAAUAUGUAUAUAUACACAAAAUAAAAAUUUCAAACACUAUGAAAAGGUAGGCAAAAAUAUUAAAUCUCUAUCAUCCCAGAUUCCCAGUCUUCUAUUUCUCUUCCUUAGAGGCAAUGCCCAUUACUAAUAUCUUGUGGAAAUUUCCAGAAAUAUUCUAUGCACAUAUAAGCACGUAUAUCCCCCUUUUAAAAACACAUGGAAGUCUACUACACACAGUGUGCUUAACUCACUCUUUUUAACCUAAAACUAUACCUUGAAUAUUGGUUCGUUACACACAGAUUGACGUUCUUUUCUCAAAGCUGUGUCGUAUUUUAUUUUAUGAAAUGCCUUAGGUAUUUAACCUGUCCCUAUUUUUUGAUCACUUUCCAUUUCUAGUCCAGUGAGAGUCUCUGCAGGUGUCACCUGAGUCAAGUGGGAUAAAUUUCCUGCCAGUUCUUAUAAAGACUUCACCUUAAAAAGUAUUUCUGGGGCAGGGAAGAGGAGAUGUUCAGAAUCUAGGGCCGAUGUCAGAAGCCAUGAAGGAACACUAUGACCCUGACCUUCCACUGUAAUAUCUUCGUUGACCUCCGUCCAUAACUUCAAGGUGAAAAUGAAGGAGACACUCCCAAGAACGUCUCAAGGGUAAAUCCUUUGAACACAAGAAGUCUGGUAUUAGAAAAUAAAAUUGCUUUUAGGUUAUUUUCUGGACUAAAGAUUAAUGAAGAAACUGCUAAUAUUGCCCAUGAGAGUAGUAUUUUUUUAAACUGCAGGUUGCCACUCAUUUAAUAGGUCAUGAUAUCAGUUUAGUGACACAUGACCAGCAUUUUGUAAAAUGAAAGAAUAAAAAAGAAAAAUCUUUAGUGUAUAAUGUGUAGUGUCUCAUGAAACAGUGUUAU